UUUAUGGAUCCGCUAAAGAGGCGACUCAUCACCGGUGAAUGGAGAACUAUUGUGGACAACUCCAUCAAAAUAUUCAAUGCCCAAAAACAUAGGAAAGGCCGAAAGACUGUUCAAUGGAAAAACUGUGCAGGCAUUCCGGAGCAGAUGGGUGAUAAGACUUGUGGAUAUUGGAUUAUGCAUUACAUGAGGGAUAUAGUAGAGGACAAAAACCAAGAGUGGAGUGCUAAGUGGGAAAGAAAAGCAAAUCACUAUUACACAAUGGAGAAUGUUGAUGUUGUCCGGGCAGAGUGGGCAAAGUAUGUUAUGAAGUUCAGAGAUAACUAGUGCAUGUGUAGGUUUAUUAACUAGUGCAUCAACUUUUGGACAUGGA